AUGCUACCUGGUCCACACUUCAUGUGCCAAAGGAGAUGUGGUAGUGGUAGUGGUGGUGGUGGUGGUGGUGGUGGUGGUGGUGGUGGUGGUGGUGGUGGUGGUGGUGGUGGUGGUGGUGCUUGUGGUGGUGCUUGUGGUGGUGAUGUGAUGGAAUUUUGCGAGAUGGGCGACCGGUUCGCCAAACUGUGUUUGGAGAUGUCCAGUGAGACCGAUUAA